AUGGAUUUAUUGGUUUACGAAGGUCCAACUCAAAAAGUUAAAAAAAAGAAUUCAAAAGGAUUUUUUGGUGGGAUAAGUUGCUAAAUGAUUUGAAUUUGAAUAAUAUUUCAGAUAUGCAUCAUUCUCAUAACAAGGAACGUGUAUUCAAAGAAAGAACAAAUGCAUUCAAUGAUCGACAAAGAAGAGGAGCUAUGAGACGAAAAAUUCAUGAGGUAACUAAAAUAUUUACGAUUAAUUUAUCAUAACUCAUGAAUUUACAGGUGACUGGUCACAAGUUCAUGGCUCUUUUCCUACGUCAGCCAACCUUUUGUGCACAUUGUAAAGAAUUUAUUUGGGGAAUCGGUAAACAAGGAUAUCAGUGUCAAAGUGAGUUAGAGACCUAUGUUUUUACUUAUAAAUAAUCUUUUUUUGCAGUUUGUACAGUGGUUGUUCAUAAAAGAUGUCACGAAGAAGUUGUCUGGAAAUGUCCGGGUAAUAAAGCUGAUGCAGUUGAAGAAUUAGGAAAGGAAAUUAGCGAGGUAUACUGAUUUUUGGGGGUUUGAAGAGAAUAGCUUGGUCAAAAAAGUAUUCCCUAAGUUUUUUUUUUUCACUUUUGAACUCUAAAAUACUGCAAUUUAAAUUUUUUUCUUUUCAAAAUUCUAUAUAUUUUCAAAAAGAAAAAAGAGCGUCUGUAUUAAUUUAUAACCGAAAAUAAAAAUAACAAAAAUAUUUUUUUUUCAGUCCAAUUAAAAUUUUCAGUAAAAGCUCGAGGGAUUGUUUUCAAUUCUAUUUUUAAAUACUUACCAUUAGCUCCUCCCACUCCCCUUAUUAUUAUCAUAAUAAUUUAUAAAAAAUCUUCAGACUGGUGCUGGUCGAUUUAAUAUAAAUAUGCCGCAUAGGUUUUCAAUUCAUUCUUAUAAAAGACCAACAUUUUGUGAUCAUUGUGGAUCAAUGUUGUAUGGUUUGAUAAAUCAAGGAUUACAAUGUUCUGUUUGCAAAUUGAAUGUACAUAAAAGGUAUUUGGAUUUUCUCUAGGAGCUUUUCGCCCAAGUAUAUUUAAUUUUGUAGAUGUCAAAGGAAUGUAGCUAAUAAUUGUGGAAUAAAUGCUAAACAAAUGGCUGCUGAAUUAGCACAACUUGGUCUAACUGGUGAUAAAAUGAGUGUGAAAUCGAAGAAAAAGGUAAAAGAUAUAAUAAUCUUGAAAUAGAUAAGUCAAUAUUUGCUCAUAUCAAUUUUUAAACUGUUCAACAAUAUUUCAUUUUUUCACUUGAUAUUCCUCACAUCAAUUCUAUUUUCAGCCAUCUAUAAUGACAGAAACAUCAACAGACAUAUCUGGAUGUUCAGCAUCUGACUUGAAUUCGGGUUAUUUGGAUAAGAUUAGCGAGGAUGAACCAAACUCGAAAAAUAGUGGAUCGAAAUCGGCGAAUGCAAGUGGUGGAACUCUUUCGAUUCAUGAUUUUACUUUUAUGAAAGUUUUGGGAAAAGGAUCAUUUGGAAAAGUGGGUUUUUUUGGGGGAAAGGAAUUUUUUGGAAAAUAAAAUGUGAUUUUUGUAGGUAAUGUUGGCUGAGAAAAAAGGCACCGAAGAAGUGUAUGCAAUCAAAAUUCUGAAAAAAGAUGUGAUUGUUCAAGAUGAUGAUGUUGAAUGCACAAUGUGUGAAAAGAGAAUAUUAUCAUUGGCUGCAAAACAUCCAUUUUUGACUGCGUUACACAGUUCAUUCCAAACUGCUGUGAGUUUUUUGGGUGGGAUUCGAAAAUUUUUCAAAAUGGGCCAAAUUCAGAGAUUUGAAAAAAUCUGUCAUUUUUUAAACAAAAAUAUUUUUCUCUUAUAGAAAAAGGUUCCCAUAAGAACAAAUGUUUACACAAAAAAAUCUUCAAAAUCUUUAGACAUAAAGGAUCUACAGUAACCUACAGUACUCCUAGUUUUGUUCAUUUUACAAUUUGAUCUACCACAAAAUUAUCGAACUACUGUAUUUUUGGAAACCUACAGUAACCAAUAUAUUUUGAAGUAUCUCUUUAGUUUUAAGCCUAAAUUUUCUACAGUAACUCAGAGAAAGUUUGGCUUGAACGGCGCGGUUCGCGAAACCCAGAAAUCUGCCAAUCCGCGGCUGACACAAGAACUUUAGCGAAACGUCCGCGAAAUUAUACUCCGCUGUUAGCGAAACGUCCGCGCAAUGCACUCUCGAGAUAUAAAAAUGCUUCACUACCCCUGAUAAUUAUCAGAAGUUAGUAUUGACUUGUAGUUCCAACCCGGCCUCGAUCCCAAUCCUGUCGUUUUGUAGUCAUCUCUCUUCCUUGCUGCGCUAUCCUCGUUGUCGCGUACGCGAUACAAUUUAUACUUUUUAUACCCUCCCUCUCGAGUCCAUCCGCGGAUCCGCGAAAAACUCAAAAAAAUCAAAUUUCCGAGUCAAAAAAUUUCGCGGAAUGCGCGAAAUGAGACUCUCUUUGGCUGAAGUUUCGCUGUCCGCGAAAUUUUUUUCGCUGAAUCCGCGUAAUGAUUUUCACUCAAAAAUUGGGAAAAAAUCGUCCGCGGACCGCGCCGUUCAAGCCAGACUUUCUCUGAGAACCCACAUAUUUUAUCCAAAAAAAACGCAAUCCUGAUAAGCAAAACAAACUUUAAAAAAUAAUUUCAUAUUUAAUUUCCAAAUUUUCCAGGAUCGUUUAUUCUUUGUAAUGGAAUAUGUAAAUGGUGGUGAUUUGAUGUUCCAAAUCCAAAGAGCACGAAAAUUCGACGAAUCUCGAGCUCGUUUUUAUGCCGCUGAAGUUACUUGUGCUCUCCAAUUUUUGCAUAGAAAUGAUGUUAUUUAUCGGUUCGUUUACUUGUGUUUUUAUCUUAUCUUCAAACAAAAAUAUCAUUCCUCAUUUUUCUAGUGAUCUCAAACUUGAUAAUAUCCUUCUUGAUGCCGAUGGUCAUUGCCGAUUGGCUGAUUUCGGAAUGUGUAAAGAGGGAAUCAACAAAGACAAUCUGACAAGCACAUUUUGUGGAACACCCGAUUAUAUUGCACCCGAAAUAUUGCAAGAAAUGGAAUAUGGUGUAUCGGUUGAUUGGUGGGCAUUGGGUGUUUUGAUGUAUGAAAUGAUGGCUGGACAACCGCCAUUUGAAGCUGAUAAUGAAGAUGAUCUUUUUGAGGUAAGAGGGGAGUAUAUGUGUUUUUUUUGUUGGAAAUUUAGUAAAAAAUUUUGGUACGCCCAAAUUGUUCCCAAUUCUGAAUUUGAAAAAAAACUCCGCGGGCAGGAGGAUUUGAACCAUGGACCUUCUGAACAUUAGCAAAACGAACUACCACUGAACUAAAUGCGCAUUUCUUUUUCAUUAGAUAAAUGUUGGUGAAAAGGAAACUGACUUUUGAAAAAUGUCAGGCGUGUCUGAUCCGCUUUCAAAAUUCAAUUUUUCAGGCCAUUCUAAACGACGAUGUGUUAUAUCCAGUGUGGCUUUCAAAAGAGGCUGUCAAUAUUCUUAAAGCCGUAAGUACAUCUUUCUUUUUCCAACAAAAAAUCAAUCAUUUCAGUUCAUGACCAAAAACGCAUCAAAAAGAUUAGGAUGCGUGAUUUCGCAAGGAGGAGAAGAUGCAAUUCGAGCACAUCCAUUCUUCAGAGAAAUUGAUUGGGAUGCAUUGGAAGCGAGACAAGUUAAACCACCAUUUAAACCAAAGAUUGUGAGUUUCCUGUUCUCCUCCUUGAAGUUAUUCUCAAAUUAUUUUUUUCAGAAAUCAAAACGAGAUGCUAACAAUUUCGAUAGUGAUUUCACAAAAGAGGAACCAGUUCUAACACCAACUGAUCCAACUGUUGUUCGAGCUAUCAAUCAAGAAGAAUUCCGUGGAUUUUCGUUCAUCAAUCCACAUUUCCAAUAUUAA